AUGUACGGACUUAUUAGUAAGGCUGCUUUUGGUUUUUCAACAACAACAAAAUUUGCAACAGGAGAAAGCAAAAUCAUUAGUUCUUCUUUUCAGAAGUUGUAUUGCUUUGCCCAGUGCACUCCUGAUAUAAAUGGAAGAGCAUCUAGGGAAUGUUUAGAGACUGCACUCAGUUAUAUUCAGUAUAAUAGUUUUGGGAAUGAGUGGUCACUGAUGUAUGGGCCUAACUGUCAGAAGAGGUAUAGUUUGGAAGCUUUUUAUGAUGUAGUCUCUCCUCCUUCUCCCUCAUUGCCACCUUCUGGUUCCACGGAAAACACAAAUAUCAACACAACAGCCCCUCCUCCUUCACAGCCAUCUUCAGGGAAGAAGAGAAACACAUCUAUACUUCUCAUCACUACCAUUACUAUGUCAGCAAUUUUGGUGAUUCUUGUCAUCUUCAUUGGCAUCUAUUUGAUAAUGAGGAAAAUCAUGACUUCAAGAGGGGCUAUAAAAAAUCCGGAUUUGACUCCAUCAGCAGAAUCCUUGCAAUUUGACUUAGGAACAAUUAGAGAUGCAACGGAUAAUUUUUCUAAGGCUAAUAAGCUUGGAGAAGGUGGAUUUGGCCCCGUUUACAAGGGUGUGCUUCUAAAUGGGUUAGAAAUAGCUGUGAAGAAGCUCUCUAGAAAUUCUAGACAAGGUCAAGAAGAAUUCAAGAAUGAGGUUUUGUUAUUGGCUAGGCUUCGUCACAAGAAUUUGGUCAGUCUAUUGGGUUUCUACUUGGAAGGGAAAGAAUUUCUUCUCAUAUAUGAGUUCAUGCCUAACAAAAGCCUUGAUCAUUUCAUUUCAUCUUUGGAUUGGAAAAACGUAAAAAAAAUUGUACAAGGCUUUGCUCGAGGACUUCUAUAUCUUCAUGAAGAUUCUCAACAUCGAAUUAUUCAUCGUGAUCUGAAAGCUAGCAACAUUUUGUUGGAUGUUGAGAUGAAUCCUAAAAUUUCAGAUUUUGGCACAGGAAGACUAAUGGUAUUGGAUCAAUCCCAUUACACAGCAAGUAAAAUCAUGGGUACCAUUGGAUAUAUGGCUCCAGAGUAUUUGAAGUGUGGUCAUUUCUCAGUUAAAUCAGAUGUCUUCAAUUUUGGUGUAAUGCUAUUGGAAAUUUUGAGCGGUAAGAAGAUCUUUUGUUUCCAUGAUGUGGAGAAUGGGGAAAACCUUCUAAGCUAUACAUGGGAGAGUUGGAAGAAAAAUACAGCUCUAGAUAUAGUGGAUUCAACAUUGAUGAUAGGUUCAAAAAGUGAGAUUAUGAGAUGUUUCCAUAUUGGUUUAUUGUGCGUUCAAGAAAAUGCAGCAGACAGACCAACGAUGGCUUUAGUUGUUAACCUGUUCAUUAGCUCCUCUUUCACAAUCUCAUUGCCUUCACGUCCUGCAUAUUUUGUGCCUAAAAGCAUUGACCCAGGCAAUUCGUUGCAUGAGUUCAAUUCAAUGGUGACAAAGUCAGAUCAGUCUGAAAUUAAAUCAUCACAAGGGUCAGUAAAUGAUGAUACAAUUACUGAGCUUGUUUCUCGAUCAUCAUUGAACAAACACCGAACUACAAUAAUGUUUCUUCUUCACCACCUUGGACCUAAUUUAUUACUUCUAAUCACAAUCACAGGGCUAAUGAUCAGCUCUGUAACAUGUCAACCAAAUUACAAUUCCCACAUCUGUUUAGGCAGUUCUAACAACACAUCCAAAACCAAGUUCAAAGCCAACCUCAACACUCUCUUGACCUCUCUGUCCUCCAAAUCAGCCCUUCACAGCUUCUACAAUGACUCCUUCAAUGGCAUCUUCAGCCUCUACCUCUGCAGAGGCGAUCUCACAAUCGAUCAAUGCCAAAACUGUGUCGUCAAUGCUAGCCAAGGAAUCAGACAAAGAUGCCCAUCUGAUGAACAAGCAAUCAUAUGGUUCGAGCAGUGCAUGUUACGAUACUCUGAUACCAAUUUUUUUGGGUUGGAACAGACGGACAUGAAGAUUUUUAUGUGGAAUGUGGAGAAUAAUACGUCGCCUAACGAUCCAGACGUUAACACACUCGCUUUGAUGUAUACGUUGAUAUCGAAGGCUCCAUAUACCGAGACCAUGUAUGGUGCAGAUGUGUCAGUUGUGGGUAAUGCUUCAGAGUACAGAUAUGGGUUGGUGCAGUGUAGUAGAGAUAUAAGUAGUGGUGGUUGUAGCCACUGUUUAGGGCAGCUUAUGGAUGAUAUUCAGAUGUGUUGCAAAGGGAAGAAAGGGUGGAGGAUACUGACACCUAGUUGUUAUCUGAGGUAUGAGCAGUACCCUUUUUUUGCACAACAAUUGGCACCGCCAGUUUUGGCUCCGCCUGUGUUGUCUCCGACAGUGUUGGCUCCGGUGACAAAUGCACCGCCCGUGACUACUAACAAAGGAAAGGGUUUAAAGAGAACAACAAAGAUUAUUCUCAUCACUGUACCAAUUAUAGCUACUGUGGUGGCUCUCUUUGGUUUCUACUUGUACUACACAAUUGGCAGAAGAAAGCAAAAAGUUCAGGAGACAGGCCAAAAUAGUCUAUUAAACAUUUUGGAAUAUCGAAGUAGUAGUAAACGCAAGAUGGAGGAACUUAUGGUUGUUAAGGACCAGGACAACAAUGGGGAGAUCCAUUACUUUGAUUUAAAUGCCAUCCAAAUUGCUACAAACAAUUUCUCAGAUGCAAAUAAGCUCGGACAAGGUGGUUUUGGCCCCGUUUAUAAGGGCAAGCUUCAUGAUGGGAAGGAAAUAGCAGUUAAAAGGCUAUCAAGGAACUCUGGACAAGGACUCGAUGAGUUUAAGACUGAAGUUAAGUUGAUUGUAAAGCUUCAACACAGAAAUCUUGUGAAGCUCAUAGGUUGUUGCAUUGAGGGAGAUGAAACUCUUCUUGUCUAUGAGUACAUGGCCAACACUAGUCUUGAUGCCUUUCUCUUCAAUGCUACAAAAUGUAAGGAACUAGAUUGGGCUAAGCGCACAAGUAUAGUUCAUGGAAUAGCAAAGGGACUUCUAUAUUUGCACGAGGACUCUCGACUCAAAAUCAUCCAUAGGGACUUAAAAGCAAGCAAUAUUUUGUUGGAUGAUGAGAUGAACCCAAAGAUAUCAGACUUUGGUACUGCCAGGCCUUUCUAUGGCAAGCAAAUCGAAGCUAGCACCAACAGAAUUGUAGGCACAUAUGGAUACAUGGCACCAGAGUACGCAAUGGAGGGAAUAUUUUCAAUAAAGUCUGAUGUAUACAGUUUCGGAGUCCUAAUGUUAGAAGUCAUAAGCGGAAGAAAAAACAAUGUCAAUCUCCCGGCACGUGCCCAAAGCCUUUUACCAUAUGCAUGGCGACUAUGGAAUGAUGGCAAAGCACAAGAGUUGAUAGAUAGAAACUUGAUCAACAAUUGUCCAUUAAGAGAGGUUGUGAGAUGGAUUAACAUUGCAUUGUUGUGUGUUCAAGAAAACCCCGAACACCGGCCCUCGAUGUCAAAGGUUGUUCUCAUGCUUGGAGGCCAAUCAACAGAUCUUCCCAAGCCAUCAGAACCUCCGUUCCCUGCUGGUAGAUACACCAUGUCUGAUCAAUCUUCGUCCAAUGUGAUAGCUACGAUGACAGAGACAGAUACAGAGACAAGAUCUCUUACAUCAGAUCAUCCCUCAACAAAUGCUUCUAGUACUUGAGAAAUUGGUUUGAUCAACAAUGAUCCAUUCUGUUAAUUUUUCUCUUCAAAAUGUUGUUUUUUGAGAUGGUGAUAAAAAUUAGAAAGUGAGAGAAGACAAGAGAUGAAGUUAGAGAUGCUGUAAACAGUGUUGCCAAUGAUGAAAUUUUGAAUCUCUAUUGUAGCAGAACCAGAAUCCAAAUAUGAAUGAU